UACAAUCCCUUCAUUUUCAACUUCCAGGUUUAUGCAGGGUUUUAGGGAGGAGAGAGAAACUAGAGAGAGAAAGUAUAAUCAACAAUGGCGAUUUACUCUCAUAGACGCCUAAUUCUCUCUCUUCGUCAACCAUUUCAUUCCAAUUUCAAUUUCAAUUCCUCCACUUCUCGUUUCAAUUCAUCUUCUCUUCAUACCUAUAACCUAAAUUUUCGAUCAUCUCCAUUUUCUUCAACCUCGGUACUUCGGAAAUUCCUGUCGUCUUUCAAUUCGUCUCCAUUGAUAAACAAUUUGAGCUUCAGAAGUAGCUUUAAUGGCGUUCGAAGCUUCUCCACUCGGUUUUCCGAGUCGUCUUCGAGAAAUAAUGGACAGCCGAAGGAGACGAUUAUGCUCGAAGGUUGCGAUUUUGAGCAUUGGCUUGUUGUUGUGGAACCUCCUGAUCCUCAGCUCACUCGCGAUGAUAUUAUCGAUGUUUAUAUCAAAACCCUAGCUCGCAUUAUUGGAAGUGAAGAAGAAGCUAGAAUGAAGAUUUAUUCGGUUUCUACACGCCAUUAUUUUGCUUUUGGUGCUUUAGUUUCAGAGGAGCUUAGUUAUAAGCUUAAAGAGCUACCAAAUGUUCGAUGGGUUCUCCCAGAUUCCUACAUGGAUGUUAAGAACAAAACCUAUGCUGGCGAGCCUUUCAUCAAUGGACAGUCAGUUCCGUAUGACCCAAAAUAUCAUGAGAUAUGGGUUCGAAACCAUGCAGAAUCCCAGCGAAGUAGAAACAGAAGUUCAAGAAGGCAAAAGGAUCCAAUCUCACGAUCAAAACAACUUACAUCUUCAUCAGUAUGUGAUGAUUCGAAUCAAAACUGGAUAUCUACACCUAAUCAUCUUAAUCCGGCCCUACAGACAUCAACCACGCAAAAUCAGCCUUCUCAGCCUUCAUCUUUUUCAGAUCCUGGUAACUACAAGCAGAGUCAGAUACGUUUGACUGAUUCUUCAAAUGAAGCUGUACAAUCCUCUCAAAUGCAGAUCCCUUACCACUUGCGAAACCAGGAUCAGGCUCCUCCAGCAUAUUCUCAGGAUCAGGCUCCUCCAACCUUUACUAAGAAAAAUGCUCCUCCAGCCUAUAAUCAAAAUCAGGGUCCACCAACUUAUUCUCAGAAUCAUACUCCUCCAACCUACUCUCAAAAUCAAGCUCCUCCAAGCUACUCUCAAAAUCAGGCUCUUCCAAACUACUCUCAAAAUCAAGAUCCUCCAACCUAUUCUCAGAAUCAAGCUCCUCCAACCUACUCCCAAAAUCAAGUGCGUCCAAACUAUUCUCAAAACCAGGCCCCUCCAAGGGAUCUAACCUACUCUCAGAAUCAGCCGCCUCCAACCUACACUCCAAAUCAAGCGCGUCCAAACUAUUCUCAAGAUCAAGCUCCUCUAACCUACUUUCAGAAUCAGGCUCCUCCAACCUACUCACAAAAUCAAAUGUAUCCAAACUAUUAUCAAAAUCAAGCUCCUCCGACAUAUUCACAAAAUCAAGCUCCUCCAACCUACUCUCAGAGUCAGGAUCCCCCAUCAUACUCUCAAAAUCAAUCGCAUCCAAACUACUCUCAGUAUCAGGCUCCUCCAACCUACUUUCAAAAUCAAGCACGUCCAAAAGGUUAUCAAAAUGAAGCUCCUCCAACCUACUCUCAGAAUAUGGCUCCUCAACCCCCCCACAUGCAAAAUAAUUCAACGCCCUGGACCCCAACUCCUCCACCUCAGCAUUCAGGUACAAUGGAUCCAAAUUCCCAAGGCUGGGGAAGCCGAAGCCAUAGCUGGGCGCCUCCCGGAGGAUCUGAAAAUCAAGCCCACCCUCCACCCACAACCCGAAACAAUAAUUUCUCAUAUAACAAUAUGCCACCUUCAGCUCAUGCAAGUAAUGUUCCAUAUCAAGGCCAGGCCUGGGGCUCUUCCUCACAAUACCAAAGUCGGCCCUCACAGCCCCAAAUUUCAAAUAAUUACUCAUACGGCAAUUUUCAACCCUCAGCCCCAGCCAGGGACAUGCCAUUGCACUUGCAAAACACGAACUUCCGUGGAGGAAGCAUGCCAUCUCACGCUCAACAAAAUGAGAACCUUUACAAGGAUAGUCCACAUCAUGUUCAAAGUGCCGGUACCUCAAAUGACUAUCCUUCAGAGUCUUUACAACAGCUACAAUACCAGGACAGUUACAGAACUUACAUAGACAUGCAGAGUUCAACGUCAAUGGUAACUCCUCAAAGUACACAAAACUUUCAAAAUGCGAAUGUGGUAGCUCCAGCUCUUGCACAGGACAUGGCCUCUCACACUUGUAACCCAAAUUUCUCAAGACGGGAUGCUUAUACAUAUGAAAAUCAACAGUACCAGAACAGCACUAGAGGACUCCAAAGUUCAAGUGCCACAGAAAUAUCUCAGAAUUGGAACCACCAGAGCAUAUCCCCGUCCAUGCAGAACAGUGUCUCCCCUGACGUGCUGAUGUCUCAUGGAGCUCUGACUCAUCAGUACCAGAAUAAAGAUAUGCCUAGGGUAAACCAGAACAGCGAAUCUCAGCAGAACAUGGGAUCAGCUUCUCAAAAUUUUGAUCAAAUUGGUGGAGGGAAAAUGCCUAAUGACACAAGCAUGGAUACUGUGCAGACUAGAGACUACCAGGAACGUGACAAUCCCACCGAUGAUUAUGUUUAUGCAUCAAAAGGGUAGUAAAAUCUCGGUUGCUCUCGGGUGGACAACAAGCAUAGAUAGAAAUAGAGUACUGAUGUAAAAUUAUUGUGUAUGAUAUGAAAGUGCUUUUUUUGUACUUGUAUAAAGGUGUAUUUUCAUUGAGGCUUUACUAAGCUGCCUUAUUUAUCACUCAUCAGUGCUAAAUGUAGAUUCCGGUUGUUAAUUCUCACCUUCGAAAUAGGAUAAACACUAAACAGGGUACUGGGAAAAUUAGACUAGAAUGUGAUAUCAGAAAGAAAUAAAAUUGCAAUGCAAUGCCUUCAAGUUGGCUUUUUAAUUUA